AUGGAUACAGUGAAAGAUGCUGUUAAUUCGCUCUUUGGUCGUAAACCUACCGGACCUAAAGUUCGAUAUGGUGUUGUAGGCGCUGGAUGGAUUACUCAAGCUGCAUUUAUUCCAGGUGUUGGACAGACAUCCAAUUCAGUUGUCACCAUAUUAGUUAGUGACGAUCCGGAAAAACGUGACAAACUUGGCAAAGAAUACAAUCUCAAAUCCUAUUCCUACGAUCAGUUCUCGCAAGCUCUUGCCGAAGGUCACUGUGAUGCAUUCUACAUUGCUACACCAAAUAAUCAACACAAGAAAUUCGCUGUUCCAGCUCUCGAACAAGGUUAUCAUGUGCUGUUGGAAAAGCCAAUGGAAGUGACAAUCGAAGAUUGUGAAGCGAUUUUGGCAGCGCAGAAGAAAAGUGGAGCGAAGUUGAUGAUUGCCUAUCGUCUUCAUCAUGAACCUGGUACUGUGGAGAUCAUUGAUCGUGUUCACAAAGGAGACUUCGGUGAUGCACGAAUCUUUUCAUCAGUUUUCACACAAGAUCUCAAACCAGAUAAUCAUCGUGCUAAACAUGGCUACGAUGCUGGACCAGUGCCCGAUUUAGGUACGUAUCCAAUCAAUGCAGCGCGUAAUAUUUUUGGAUUGGAGCCAAUCGAAGUCACUGCGAUUGGAUUCAAAACCCCUGGUCGUGAAUUCUUGAAAAUGGAGCACGAUACAAUCAAUGUCACACUUCGGUUUCCUGGUGAUCGUAUGGCUCAAUUUGUUGUUGGAUAUGCCUGUGCAUUCAGCGAGGGAUAUAAAGUUGUUGGAACCAAAGGUGCUUUUGAAGUCAAUCCAGGAUAUAACUUUGGCAGUGGUAUCAAGAUUUCGUAUAAAACGACGAUCAACGGCAAAGAAGAUUCAAAAACAUUUCCCGAAACCGAUCACUUUGGUGGCGAAACCGAAUAUUUCUCUGAAUGCAUUUUGAACAAUGUUGAUCCUGAAGCUGAUGGUCACGAAGGUUUGAAUGAUGUGCGAGUAAUUGUAGCAAUCAAAGAAUCACUCGACGGCAAAGGUAAAACAGUCAAAAUCAAAUCCGAACAACGAAGUAAACGACCAGUAUUGGAACAAGCAAAGACAUUAUCGUUGGCUAAAGAACCCAAAGUUCUCAUAGGACGAGAUAGUCAAAAACCCGGAGCUACGUCAUCAUCUGGAAGCGAAACAGAUGUUCUUUCAUCAAAUGCGAGACAGAGUAACACGUGGACGACUGCACGCACGGAGUGCAACGAACGAAUGACAAAUUUCAACAUAUGA